CCUCAACAUAGUGACUUGGUUAGCAUGGCGAAAGACAACCUCCCGCGUGUAGUCGUGAUUGGCUCUGGCUGGGUUGGACUUUACGUAGCUCAAUAUCUUGACACUACGAGAUACUCCCUCUCCGUGGUGUCCCCUCGUCUUACCAGUGCAUACACUCCUCUUUUAGCAUCUGCAGCAUGCAGCCUCUUCCCGUUCAGUUGCGCAGAAGAAUCCAUCCGGGCCAAAGGUCGGCGUUGCAACCUCAUCAAGGCAAACGCUAUAGAAAUCGACUUUUGCUCGAAUCAAAUACUUUGUGAGCCGGCGUUCGACGACCAUGACAGCAACGCGAGCGACCAACAGUUCCGCGUUGCUUACGAUAGACUGAUUAUAUGUCCGGGGUGUCAAACAAACGAUUUCGGUAUUCCAGGCGUCGUCGAGCACGCGAUGUUCAUGAAGCACGUUUCUGAUGCAAUGGCUUUGCGCAAGAAGCUUCUGGAUCAAUUUGAAAGAGCUAGCCUGCCAUGUACUACACGCGAGGACGCCUGUGAUAUGCUUCAUAUUGCGAUUGUUGGUGGAGGCCCCACAGGUGUUGAGAUCACCGCCGAGCUCUCAGACCUUGCAAGAAGGGAGCUAAAGGAUCUAUACCCAGAUGUGGCACCUUCAAUGAGAAUCACCAUUUACGACGUUGCCCCGCACAUUCUCGGCGCCUAUGACCAGAAACUAUAUGAGUAUGCCACGGAGCAAAUGUUACAGCGGGGUAUUGAAAUCGUUACGAACGCUGUAAUUGAGAGGGUCGACCGUACCAACCUGUAUAUCAAAGGCCAAAAUCCUGUGCCGUACGGUAUAUUGCUCUGGGUUGCAGGAAAUAGGUCCAUUCCACUGGUGGAUAAGCUUGACGUGAAAAAGCCGGAGCAUGGGCUUAUCAGAAUCUUGACCGACGAUAGUCUGCGCGUGAAGAAGGCGAGUACGGACGUACACGGUCACUCGGACGUGUACCCAGAUGUCUUCGCCUUGGGUGACGCUGCUGAUAUUGAGGGGCGGUCACUUCCCACCACCGCGGAGGUAGCCGUUCAAAAGGCCAAGUAUAUCGUUCGGCGCUUGAAUCGAGGCGCGACAGCAACCGAAAACUUUGCUUAUGCGGACAAAAGACUGGUCACGUAUAUCGGUAGCCAUGACGGAAUCAUAGAAGGUUCAGGCCUAGAUGAAGCAUCGCGGGGUCAGCGAGCAUGGCUUGAUUGGCGAAGUGGAAGCUUUACCUGGACGCGAACUUGGCGAAAUUGGGUCGGUUUGAUCUGCGCCUAUGUCCUGAAUGCACUGUUCGGACGGGAUUUUAUGAGGUUGUGA